AUGGCAGUCAACUCUAUCAUCGCUAAACUAGAGGAAUCAUGGGAGCGGGAUGAACUAGUGGAAGUGCGCACCGGAAAAGCGAAACCAGUCUUUGGUCUACCCGUCCAGUCUGCCAUCUUCAAGUCCGUCCGGUAUGGCGAAGUUUCAGUCGACGCACUCGGCUGCCAGGGCGACGAACAUGUUUACGAGUUCCAUGGCGGCCCGGAUAAAGCGCUUCUCCAGUACUGCUCCCGACAUUAUGACAUAUGGAGCGAGGAACUGCCAGGCAGUGCGCACCUCUUUCGUGUCGGAGGGUUUGGCGAGAACUUGGUAGCUCGCCGAGCGAAUGAGCGCAACACUUGCAUUGGCGAUGUCGUUAGUAUCGGACCCGAUGUGAUUGCACAAGUGAGUCUGCCACGGCAGCCAUGUUACAAGCUUAACCAUCGGUUUCAAGACAAGGACCUUUCGAGAUUUAGCCAGGAAAAGUCUCGGACGGGCUGGUAUUACCGGAUCAUCAAGGGAGGGUCGAUCAAAGCGGGCGAUGAACUUGUCCUGCUCGAGCGGCCAAAUCCUCAUUGGACCGUUGCUCGAGUCCAGCAUUAUCUUUACAUCGAAAAAAACAACUUUGAUAUGAUGAAACAGUUGGCAGAUCUCGAUGCUUUAGGGAAUGAGAUCCGAAAUAUCUUCAGAAACCGACUAAACAAGAAAUUCGAGAAUCAAGAACAACGACUCGUGGGCGACAGUGUCAUGGCUCUUGAUAUGUGGGCGGAAUACCGGCUCAUCAAAAAAGCCAAAGAAACCCCAACGGUCACCUCGUUUGACUUUGAGGCCGUCCAGCCUAAAGAUACAGCAGAGCCAGUUCUACCAGGAACGCAUGUCCGCUUGAAACUGGGAGGUCGUUUGAUCCGAGCAUACUCCGUGGUUUCAGGAAACCGCAAUCAAUUCACCUUGGGUGUGGCUUUGGAUCGAGAGUCUACUCGUGGUGGCUCCCUGUUUCUCCACGAGGGCCUUCAAGAAGGCGGAACCACCACAAUCAGCAACUUUGCCGCGACAUUCCCUCUUGCCGAAAAGGCAGACAGCCAUAUCCUCAUCGCUGGAGGUAUUGGUAUCACCGGUCUGCUUGCCUCUGCCCAGAGACUGCAGCAAACAAACCGAGACUAUCAUCUUCACUACGUCGUCCGAUCACUGGACGAGGUUGCCUUCAAGUGUGACAUUAAGUCAUUGGGUUCCAAUGUUACAAUCUACUGCAAGAAGGACGGAACGCACUUUGAUGUAUCAAAUGUUCUCCAACGAGCGGACAGUAACGCCCACAUUUACUGCUGCUCUGGGGAACGGUUGAUGAAAGCUGUAAGCGACACAGCCGCGGAUCUUGGUUUGCCAAAAGAAAAUAUACACUUCGAGUCGUUCCAGGCCAACAGCACGGGUGAUCCAUUCACGGUCGAGCUGGUCGAAUCUAGAAAGGAACUAGAGGUAGCUGGUGGAGACAGCCUUUUGGAUAAGCUUCGGUCUGCCGGAUUCGAUAUUCCUUCUACUUGCGAGGCUGGUAAUUGUGGAACCUGUCGGGUGGGUGUACGCAGUGGUCGCAUUGAGCAUCGGGGUACAGGUUUACUGGAGAAUGAAAAGGAUACUGCGAUGCUGAGUUGUGUGUCCCGAGGGAUUGGUCGAAUUCAGCUUGAUUUAUAG